ACGGAGGAGGACCGAGACACCGUGUGUCCAUCUCUACAUGCCCUCGCCUCCCCCUCCUUCCUUCUCUGUCUGUCUCUCUGUUCUCUCUUGCAAUCAUAGAAAUCUUAAACAACAAGCGCCCUUCUGCUGCCAAUCCAUGGCGAUCAACGGAAACCAUGAUUGUAGGUUCGAACACUCUGUUAGUCAUCGCGAUUCGGCCUUUCCUCCAUGAAAUGAAUUGGUUUCUGCCCUUUCCUUGCUAAUUUAUUAGCAGAUUAAGCAUGUAGCUUUGAGUAGUUUAAAAUUCUAUGGAUCCAAAGCGCUCUUCUUCGGAUGGAACACCUACAAAGCGUUCACAAAAUUCCACAAAGGUUUCCGAUGUGGCAGAGAAGAAGGUAGAUGCUGGAGAGGGUGAUGCACCAGAGAUCAAGGCCGUGCGCAUGAGUGACAGACUCAGGACACGGCCCAAGAUAUUCACACGUUCAUACUACUUCUACAAUCAACCGAUAGGAAGGAAGAGUAAGACGAAAAAGCGGACUGCAGCUUCUCAAAUAGCCAAAAUGCUGCGCCCUGGAGGUCGUCCAUUGCGUCAUGCUUCUAAGAAGAACAAGGCUAAGCAUCAUAUGGGAAGCCCUCGAAUUGCAAAAGUCUUACGAUCAGGAAACAGAACAGUGCAGUCUCCUUCUUCCAAUACACCUAAUCUUCGACGCUCUACUAGGAAAAGGAAGAGCUCUAUCAAUCUUGAAGAUUAUGAAACUGAUAAUUCUGACUCAGAGGAUGAUGACUUAAUGAGACCACAAUACCGCUCUUCUAGAAGAAAGAAUGUUCUUGCUGCUAAUCAGGACGAAUUUUCAACCCCACCGACACCGAGGCAUAAAAAGGUCCAAGAAGCCAAUUCUUUGCCACGUCGUGAAGGUUUAAGACCUCGAAGAUCAACAACGGCCAACAUUGCAAGAGAUCGAUCAUAUCAAGAAUCUGAAGAUGACCAGGAUACAUCAGAAGAUCAAGCUGAACAAGAUGACACAGAAAAUGGUGAUGAAGCUGAGCGUGAGGCUGAGGCUGAAGGUGAGGAGGGAGUUGAUGAAGGGGAUGGAGGUGAUGAGGGUGAUGAAGGAGAGGAAGAUGGUGAAGAUGAAGAUGGUGAGGAAGAGAAGGAGGGAAGGAGGCGAUAUGAUCUUCGUAACCGUGCAGAGGUUCGUAGAUUUCUGCCUGAGAAAGGAGAAAAGCAGCGGCCAAGGUCACCACGCAGAGUCCUGCAUCAUGGAAUGGGAACGAAAACCAACAGGGAUGUGAGGAGAGGUGGUUCUCGGGUUCAUAAACGGCUACGCCCACCAUUAGCUGAAGACUCUGAUGAUUCCCUUCUUGUGGAUGAACUUGAUCAAGGUCCAGCAGUGCCUUGGGCACGGGCAGGGAACAGAAGUGGAGCUCCUUGGCUUUUUGGGGGGCUGGAUAUUCAUGGGUCAACCUCAUGGGGCCUGAAUGUUGCUGCUUCUGGUUGGGGUCACCAGAGUGAUUUUUCUGCUCCAGGUGCUACAGGAAUCCAAACAGCUGGACCAAGUUCUAAAGGAGGAGCAGAUAUUCAACCAUUGCAGGUGGAUGAAAGUGUUAGUUUUGAAGACAUAGGAGGGCUGUCAGAAUAUAUUGAUGCAUUGAAAGAAAUGGUGUUUUUCCCUCUCCUCUACCCUGAUUUCUUUGCCAGCUAUAACAUCACUCCUCCAAGAGGUGUUUUGUUGUGUGGUCCUCCUGGGACUGGAAAAACAUUGAUUGCAAGGGCAUUGGCUUGUGCAGCAUCAAAAGCUGGACAGAAGGUUAGCUUUUACAUGCGCAAAGGAGCAGAUGUUCUCAGUAAGUGGGUUGGGGAAGCUGAAAGGCAGCUAAAAAUGCUAUUUGAAGAAGCUCAAAAGAAUCAACCAUCAAUUAUUUUCUUUGAUGAAAUAGAUGGACUUGCUCCUGUUAGAUCAAGUAAACAAGAGCAAAUUCAUAAUUCAAUCGUUUCUACUCUACUUGCUUUAAUGGAUGGACUCGAUUCUCGUGGGCAAGUUGUACUAAUUGGAGCUACCAACAGAGUUGAUGCAAUUGAUGGAGCUUUACGUCGUCCUGGUCGCUUUGAUCGUGAAUUCAAUUUUCCUUUACCUGGAUGUCAGGCACGUGGUGAGAUCUUAAAUAUUCACACAAGAAAGUGGAAAGAACCCCCAUCUGAAGAGCUGAAAAGUGAACUUGCAGCCAGUUGUGUUGGAUAUUGUGGUGCUGAUUUGAAGGCAUUGUGCACAGAAGCUGCAAUUCGUGCUUUCCGUGAAAAAUACCCUCAAGUUUACACUAGUGACGACAAGUUUUUGAUUGAUGUUGACUCUGUGAAGGUAGAGAAGUAUCAUUUUCUUGAAGCCAUGUCUACAAUAACCCCUGCUGCUCACAGAGGCUCCAUUGUGCAUUCUAGGCCAUUAUCCAUGGCCAUGGCUCCAUGUUUAAAGCGGCAUCUUCAAAAAGUCAUGUGUCAUAUAACUAAAAUCUUUCCAUCACUUACAAGUUCAGAUGUUAACAAGCUGUUUGGGUUAUCUUAUGGUUCGGCAAUUCCUCUUGUAUAUAGGCCUCGACUAUUGCUUUGUGGUGAUGAAGGUGGUGGACUGGAUCAUAUUGGACCUGCUGUUCUCCAUGAAUUGGAGAAAUUUCCAGUGCACUCGUUAGGGCUUCCUGCCCUUAUGUCAGAUCCAAGUGCAAAAACCCCAGAAGAAGCACUGGUUCAUGUUUUUGGGGAAGCUAGAAGAACCACACCCAGUAUUCUAUACUUGCCCCAGUUUCAGCUUUGGUGGGAAACUGCACAUGAGCAGCUGAAGGCAGUUCUAAUUACUCUUUUAGAAGAUUUGCCUUCAGAUUUUCCAAUAUUGUUGCUUGGAACAUCCUCAAUACCAUUUAAUGAAUUAGAUGAAGGGUCAUACUCGGUAUUUGCCCAACGUAAUGUAUACAAUGUGGAAAAACCUACUUCAGAAGACAGAUUUUUGUUUUUCAGCCAGUUGGUUGAGGCAGUUUUCUCGAUUCAUUCUGAAGAAAAAAAGGCUUGUUCCUCAAACUCGAAUUCUCUCCCUAAGCUUGAAAAGGCUCCUAAGACAGUCAGCGGACCAAAGCCUUCUGAAUUAAAAGCAAAAGCAGAAGCUGAGGAGCAUGCAAUUCGUCGCCUUCGGAUGUGCCUUCGGGAUGUUUGUAACCGGAUUCUUUAUGAUAAACGGUUCAGUGCAUUUCAUUAUCCAGUGCUGGAUGAAGAUGCACCCAACUAUCGUACUAUCAUCCAACAUCCCAUGGAUAUGGCUACAGUGCUGCAGCGUGUUGACUGUGGGCAGUAUCUGACACGUUCAUCAUUCCUUCUAGACGUUGACCUUAUUGUAGCGAAUGCAAAAGUUUAUAAUGGUGAUGACUACAACGGAGCUAGGAUUGUUAGCAGAGCAUAUGAACUUCGAGACGCAGUCCAUGGCAUGCUGAUGCAGAUGGAUCCUGCACUUGUUUCAUUCUGUGACAAGGUAGCAGAACAAGGGGGCCCUAUCCGCGUACCAGAUGAGCUGUGCACUGGCCCAACUCUACCUGCAACCCCAGUAGUACAACUGGCAAGUGCAACAAGAACAAGUGCACGCUUGCGACACGUCCAACCAGAGGUUAAUCUAUGUCAAAGUUAUGAAGCACUGAAAAGGACCAAGAAGCACAAUGAUACUGAGCAAUCAGGUGCUCAACUUCCUUUGGUGUCAGAGGAUAGGCAUCAGACAGGAGAACCUGAAUCAACGAAGGCUGCUGCUUCUGUUGAAGCAAUAGAACCACAACAAGCUGAAGAAAAUGGUGAUCUAAAAGCUUCAGAUGGUUGUCCGGAUGCAGAGGAACCAUCUGAAGCAGCGGAAAAUGCUGUGGCAUGUAAUGACACAUCCCAUGCAAACGAAAACAAUGAUAGUGAGCCUGGAAGAUGUUCAGAGGAGAAGGAAGUAAACAAUCAAGUAGAAGCAAUCAAGCAACGGCUAGUAGAACGAACACAGGAGUACAGCGUACCACAACUUGAGAGGCUCUAUACACAAAUCAUGCAAGGUGCCAUAGCAACCAAUGGAAGCCAAGGUGUAGUAGACAAGGAUGCCAUGUUGAGAUUUUUGUUGAAUUUUGUCGAUGAUGAGGAGAAUUUCUGAAGCUUGUAGAAUGCAUGUUUCUUCUCCUCGCCCAUCCAUUUUUGAGCCUAGAUAUAAGUUUUCAUUUGAUUUUUUAAUUAUUUAUCUCGCUUAUUACCAAUCAAAUAUCUCUCAAUCCAUUUGCACAUGCUUAUACACAUAAACCACACACACACGCUGGCAUCUGGUGUAUGUGAAUGUUACAGGAGAUUUUAAUUAUUACGUUUCCUCUUAA